ACAAGCACACGGCGACAUGUACCCGUUUCAUGGAGAAAUAGAAGGAAGGCGUCACGAGGCUCGGGCAUUGAAGUUUGAACUCUGGAGUGAACUGUGCGAUGGCCUUCUGCGGUCAGUCUCUUAGUUCCCGCGCAUUCUCAAGGAGCUGGAGAAACAGCGCCUUCAGUUCAAACGACGACAUAUGCCACUGAACACCACCAUGUCUCCACCGGUCAAUGGGUCUCAAAUUGUUGGUUGGUUGUCAAAUUUUGCGAUCCAGUUCGGAUGUGUCGUGCGGUGAAAGUUCAUGUUGAGGCGAAUUCGCUACGCAGCGAUUGAUGCUGGAGAUUCUCGAGGUCGAUGGGGGACACGAGGGAAGCCCGCAGCCGUCUCGAUCGUACUGAUGUGAGGUCGGUUCAAUUCUCCAUACUCGAUUUCGUGGUCGAGUUCAGCUCGCACGAUUCCGAUGACUGGAUUCUGUUGAAAUCCUGUGCAUUUCAGCUGUAAGGAAGAAAUCAUCCAACAAAAAUUUCGGAUGGCCCGACAAGCAGCGGGGACGAAGGCUGAAAAACGAAUGAAUGGCGAGCUGCCCGGUACAGGUGCAGGGCCCGAUAGAUUGGGGAAGUCGCUGAAGAAGCUCCCCAAGCGCAGAAGUCCAGUCCAGCCCGUGUCAAAUGUACCGCAGAGCAUCAUGCCCAGUCAAGACGACGGAGGCGAUGAAAUCGUUUGGAAAUUCUCACCGACUGCAGCACGCCUUCAGGCAGCGACAGUCGGUGGCUCGGAGCCCACGUUGACCGGACAAAGGAGGAAGGCUUUGCAGCCUUGUACAAAUUCUGUAACCAAAUCCGAUGCUGCGCAUGGAAUUUGGUCUGCUGCUUCUAUCCAAGGAACAUCCAACACCAAGAAAAAGAAAUCUCCCGGAAUGGCGGGUAAGCUCGAGCUGUGGCUGAGGUCUACGCAAAAGGGACCUACAAAACCAAUUCUAGAAAAAAAUGUAGAUUUAAUAGAUGAAGAGAAGGAGAAUGUACAAAUUCCAGAAAAUUCUCCGACGAACUUAGACGUUCAACAAGGCUUAACACCUAGGUAUGAGAAAAAGUCGAUAAGUGUUCAACAACGACCGUCGACCUCAUCUCAAAGGCGUCCUCUGAGUGCAAAGAAAGCGGGAUCCACUUCACUUCCUACAGUUACAGCCAAGAGAAGGAAACUGCUGGAACUCCUGGAUCGUGUCGACAGUGAAAUAAAGAGGACGCCUACAUCAAUAACCUUAACCAGGAACUCAGAUCUCCCUGUGAAUGAAAAACAGAUAUCACCCGAAAGAACAAAGGUCUCCUUAGAUCUAUCGCAGGUUAAAAGACGCCAGUUUAACAUCACAGACUAUCUAGCCAGUCAAGCUUCAGGAGAGAAAUGCCUUGCCAACGACUCUCCCGCAGCAACUUUUGUAAAGAAUGAAGAGAAAGUAGUCCACACAUCGGUGCAAAUUGUAGAAAAUAAUGAGGGGGUUUGUACUAAAUUAUCAAGUACAAAUGAUGACAACCUUCAAUUGCCACAUGUUGUAGAGAAUUUGACAGCUCUAGAUAUUGACAAUAAUAGUGCAAGUAGCGUGUAUGAAGACGAUCAUCUCGAUCCUCCUCUGCACCACAAUGAGAAGGAGCGAAGCAUCCACUUCCUUGUCCUUGAGGUUAGUGAAGGGGAGUACAAAUCGGAUUCAAAUCUCACCUAUCCUCAGAAGACUUUGCGUCUCCUAGACGAGAAUUGUGGAUUGGAGCGGUUCGCAUGCUUACGAGAUUCCUGGUCAUAUUCAGAUGUCGCGCCGGGCGACACGGUGAAUGUUCUUGGAGACUUCGACGAAGCGAAUAACUGCGUGAUCGAUCGGGAGCACAAUCUUCUCAUUAUAAAUCCAGAUAUAUUGAUCUCAGGGUCGAAGGUUGGGUCAAGCUUCGCGUGUCCUAGGCGAGCAGUCCUUGACGAGCGCAUGAAGACCAAUGAGUGGUCAUAUGCGGCCCUUAUUGGAACAAUGUUACAUCAGCUUUUCCAAGGAGCACUCCGGUCCAGGCAACCAUUGCCAGCUGAUUUGGAGUCUGAAGCUGAGCUGAUCGUUCAGCGGAAUCUUGAUGGACUCUAUGCAGCCGGAGUGUCAGAAAGAGAAGCUCUGUCCAAGCUGGUCGAGGCUAUCCCGACAAUCUUGAAAUGGUGGCAACAACACGUCCGAGCUGAAGAAAAAACUCGCGAGUUUGAACCCUUAACCAGAGGGAAGCAUGUAGGAUCUAUCUCUGAGAUCCUGGAUAUCGAAGAGAUGAUAUGGUCUCCAAAAUACGGCUUGAAGGGCAUGAUAGAUGCUUCUGUGACGGUGAAGCUUGGAAACCUUACCCUGGGGGGUGAAGAUCGUAUCAUGCCAUUGGAGUUCAAAACUGGAAAAGCAACGACAGGGCAGGCUGGAGUUGAGCACCGCGCGCAAGUCAUACUUUAUACUCUCUUGAUGUCAGACAGGUACAUGCAAACCGUCAACACGGGUCUUUUGUACUAUCUUCACACGAACCAAACACAGGAAGUUGCAGUUCAGCAAGGUGAGCUUGUUGGUCUUAUAAUGCGACGCAACGAGCAUGCAAGAGAUCUUUUGAAGGCUUCUGCCAGCCAGACACUUCCACCCUUGUUACAGAGCUCUCAAAUGUGCCAAAACUGCCGUCAGCUGGACUCGUGCGCAGUCUAUCACAAGGCUCAGGACGGUGUUACAGCAGACAGUAAUCGACUUGGAGAAGUGUUUGACAAGUCUACAACCCACCUUACAACUGCAGACCUUGAAUUUUUUCAGCAAUGGGACCGCUUGAUCGACCUCGAAUUUCGAGAUUUGCUAAUGUCCCACAGUGAGAUUUGGAGAAUGCCAAGCAAGAAACGAGAGGAGUUAGGUCGUUGCAUGUCUUCUUUGGUUCUCAGCACGUCUCCAAACAACUCUGAUGAUCGAAAGGAGUCAGCCGGUUAUUUCCUGUACACAUUUCGAAGGGCCAGCUCGACGUCAGAUCAUUCAAGUACUGGGGACAUGUGCACUCCGUCCAGCAGUUUACGAGAUAGGCCUUUCCACUGCGGUGACUAUGUGGUUCUGAGUACAGAAAGCGGACAUACAGCAGUUGCUGGAGGUAUAGUGGCAUCUUUAAACGAAGUUUCCAUCGUGAUUCGUCUUUCACACCGACUACACAAUCCGAAGCGCUCCGAGAUGUCGGCAAAAGCAAGAACCAGUCAAGAGUUAUGGCGAAUCGACAAGGAUGAAAGUGCAUCCAUUAUGGCCACAAUGAGGUUUAACCUCUUGCAGCUCUUUGUGAAAAACAAUGGGGAUGAGCAGAGGCGGCGUCUCAUCGUCGGUCUUGAGGCUCCUAAAUUUGAGUGUGGACCAAACGACGAUACGGAUCCCGGGUUGAAAUAUGUGAGAUCCGCAAUAGAUUUAAAUGAAGAUCAGAGACAUGCAAUAAAUAGGAUUCUAUCAGCAAAAGAUUACACGCUGAUUCUAGGAAUGCCAGGAACUGGCAAAACUUCUACAAUUGUACAUACAGUAAUCGCUCUUAUGAGAAGAAAUCUCUCUGUUUUAUUGACUUCAUACACCAACUCUGCAGUAGACAAUAUCCUUUUGAAGCUGAGAACGCUGGGUAUAGACUUCACUCGUAUUGGAAGGAGUAGUGCGGUUCAUCCUGAGCUACGAGACAAGGUUCUUGGUGAAGGUAAAUCGUAUACAACGGUCGAAGAAUUUGCGUCAGCUGUGGAUUGCGCACAAGUAGUUGGCGUGACAUGCUUGGGAAUAUCGCAUGCUCUAUUUAGCAAGCGCAAAUUCGAUGUGUGCAUUGUCGAUGAAGCAGGCCAGAUAACUUUACCUAUUUGCCUCGGUCCACUCCGAUGUGCACGGAGGUUUGUGCUUGUUGGAGAUCACUAUCAGCUUCCUCCGUUAGUAAGGACACAAGAGGCGAGAGAGGAUGGCAUGGCAGUCAGUCUGUUUCGACGAUUAUCCGAAGCGCAUCCCCAAAGUAGUUGUGCUCUUCAAAGUCAGUAUCGAAUGUGUUCAGAUAUAAUGGCACUUAGCAACAGCCUUAUUUAUGGAGAUCGCCUCCGUUGUGGGUCACCUCAAGUUGCCAAUGCAACUCUUCAGCUUUCUUCUACUCCUGUUAGUUCUGCUUGGUUGUCGCAGGUAGUAAACCCUGAGCAACGCGUGCUGUUUCUAGAUACUGAUAAACUUUCAACAGAGGAAUCACGUGUUAGACAUAAAGUAUACAACAGUACGGAAGCAUCCCUACUUUUGAAAGUAGUGCAUGUAUUUCACGAAGGAGGAUUAGCUCUCGAGAAGAUUGGAGUCAUCAGCCCUUAUAACGCUCAGGUGGACUACAUUCAGCAAUUGGCUACCAAGUCCGGCUUUUCUGACCUGGAAGUACACACCGUUGACAAAUAUCAGGGUCGUGAUAAAGAUUGUGUUUUGAUCUCUUUUGUGAGAUCAAACCCCCAGCGGCAAUCAGGACAGUUACUCGCAGAUUGGCAUCGCAUCAACGUCGCAAUUACUCGCGCGAAGACAAAACUUGUGCUGCUUGGAUCUAAGAAAACUCUCUCAUCGGCACCGAUCCUGAAGCUUCUCAUCGAGAAGGUGGACAGGAUCGGUGGUCUGCUGGAACUGCCAGCGAAUGCGUUAAGUGGACCUUGUUGAUCCGUUUCUUCUCACAAGACCAUCACAUGCAAUUUUGUAAGAAAGCUGAGGUGUAAACUGUAAGAGAAUUUAAUUUAGACAGCUUGAGUCAAUUGUAAUAUAGAAGAUUGGGAGGAAGAUCGUGUCUUUACGUCUCAGCAUCCGAACCUUUUCGUUCGGAUGCUGGAAUUUCCUGAUAAAUAGCAACAAAAAAUGAAUUUUCGAAACUGUAUUUGACGUUAGAGGAAAAAGAAAGAACUGGAGAACUAUUGAACGAGCAAACGCAGUGAAGAAGAGGUUGGCGGCUUCAUUCAGUUGACAUUCGGCUGCCAUUUUGCAGAAACUCCCACUAAGAGAUUAAUCUCCUUUGGCACUGAAAUCCUAUAGACAGCAAAUGAAUUACAAAACUUGAGAGAUCCAUGUCGGGAAAUCUUAGCAUGGCUAUGGGAUGAUCUGUGUUUUGAAUCAUGUGAGGAAGGCCGAGCCAAGAAUGCAAACGGGUGUUAAGCACACCUUAACUCGAGGUAUGAUACCCAA